CUAAAAAUCAGCCGAUCGGAGUUGUUUCACUUAGGAGUCUGAAUGUGAAGUCGGAAUGGUUACGAUUGCACUAAGCGAAACCUCGACCGAAGGAGCUGGUACUGAAGCCAUCAUUUAGCUUCAUCGAGUCAGGUUUGACAUUCACUGGUUGUGGAGAAACAACCAUUGAAACCCUUGUUUAUCUUCAAGGUGAUGGACUAAUGAAGUCUCUUUCCUCUGAUUCUUCCACAUGGAGAGGAGCCACUGCAUCGUUACACAAAUUCUCAAAUGUCAUUAUUAUGGGUUUCUCCAAUAGACAUGAAGAGGUGAUGGACUAAUGAAGUCUCUUUCCUCUGAUUCUUCCACAUGGAGAGGAGCCACGGCAUCGUUACACAAAUUCUCAAAUGUCGUUAUUAUGGGUUUCUCCAAUAGACAUGAAGAGGUCUGCCAUUUUUUACUCUAGGCAUUCUUUUCAACUUUUUUCUCAUCAUCUCAACUUGGGAUUCCCUCGAAAUCAUUUGCAGUUACUUGUUAGAAGAUCUUUGAGUCGAAAACUCUAUUCCUCAAGCUCGAUCAAUACCAGACCUUUUCCUGAUUAUUCCCCAAAGAAACCCACUAUUAAAGACUCUGAACUUGUCCAUCAAAUCUCAAAGGCAAUAAAGCUACGCCGCUCUGAGCCCCUCUGCCGCAUUCUUAAGCCUUAUGAAUCCAAGUUUAGGUCUGACCACCUAAUUUGGGUUCUUAUGAACAUCAAGAAUGAUUACGAAUUGGUUUUAAAUUUCUUUGACUGGGCACGCCUGCUUAGAGACCCAAAUCUUGAAGCCCGUUGUAUUGUUGUUCAAAUUGCUGUGGCUUCAAAGGAUCUUAAAAUGGCUCAUGAACUUAUUUUUGAUUUUUGGUCAAAACCGAAUUUGGAUAUCAGUCUUUCAUUCACUCAUUUUGUUGACCGACUGAUUUACACUUAUAAGGACUGGGGUUCAGAUCCCAAUGUAUUUGAUGUUUUCUUUCAAGUCCUUGUUGAAUUAGGAAUGCUAAGUGAAGCAAGAAAAUUAUUUGACAAGUUGUUGAAUUAUGGAGUAAUUGUUUCUGUCAAUUCUUGUAACUUAUAUCUCACACAGCUGUCAAGGAAUUUUGAUAUGCUUGGGAUGGCAAUAAAGGAUUUUAGUGAAUUUCCUCAAGUGGGUGUCCAUUGGAACACCGCAUCAUAUAAUAUAAUUAUGAAUUCCCUUUUUCAAUUAGGGAAAGUAAAAGAAGCCCAUCUUUUUCUGUUGAGAAUGGAAUUCAAAGGCUGUAUUCCUGAUGUGGUAAGUUAUAGCACCAUAAUCAAUGGGUAUUGUCAUAUUGGGGAACUGCAAAAGGUGUUGUGGCUUGUCAAAGAAAUGCAAAUGAACGGAUUGAAGCCUAACUCAUAUACCUAUAGCAGUCUAAUCCUUCUUCUGUGUAGAAGUGGUAAAGUUGUUGAAGGUGAGAAGGUCUUGAGGAAGAUGAUUAACCAAGGAGUUUAUCCUGAUAAUGUGAUAUAUACAACUCUAAUUGAUGGUUUCUGUAAAAUGGGUAAUACCGAAGCUGCAUAUAAGUUGUUUGAUGAGAUGGAGUCUCAGAAAAUUAUUCCUGAUUUUGUAGCAUAUACUGCUCUUAUUUGUGGGCUUUCUCAAACGGGAAAGAUGAUGGAAGCAGAAAGACUUUUCAAUGAAAUGCUUAAAAAAGAGUUGGAGCCAGAUGAGGUUACAUAUACAGCACUUAUUGAUGGUUAUUGCAAGUCAGGUGAGAUGAAAAAAGCUUUUUCCCUUCACAAUCAGAUGGUCCAAAUUGGGCUUGCUCCAAAUGUUGUCACAUACACUGCACUGGCUGAUGGCCUUUGUAAAUGUGGGGAGCUAGACACAGCGAAUGAGCUUCUUCAUGAGAUGUGCAGAAAGGGCCUUCAAUUAAAUAUUUGCACUUAUAACUCAAUUGUUAAUGGCCUUUGCAAAGCGGGAAAUAUAUUACAAGCAAUAAGGCUGAUGGAAGAAAUGCAGGAAGCAGGGAUGUAUCCUGAUACUAUCACUUACACCACAUUGAUGGAUGCUUACUGUAAGACAGGGGAGAUGGUUAGGGCACACGGGCUUCUGCGUGAGAUGCUGGAUAGGGGGCUUCAACCUACAGUUGUCACAUUCAAUGUGCUCAUGAAUGGUUUUUGUUUGUCAGGAAUGCUGGAAGAGGGUGAAAGGCUACUAAAAUGGAUGCUGGAGAAGGGCAUAAUGCCAAAUGCCACUACCUACAAUUCUAUUAUGAAGCAGUACUGUGUUAGAAAUAAUAUGCGAACUACAACUGAGAUUUACAGGGACAUGUGUGCUCAAGGAGUGAUCCCUGAUAGCAACACAUAUAACAUUUUAAUAAAAGGGCACUGUAAAGCUAGGAAUAUGAAAGAGGCAUGGUUUUUGCACAAAGAAAUGGUAGAGAAGGGAUUUAACCUCACGGUUAGUUCCUAUAAUGCUCUCAUCAAGGGUUUUUUCAAGAGGAAGAAACUUUUGGAGGCAAGAGAGCUAUUUGAAGAGAUGAGAAGGGAAGGGUUGGUAGCUGAUGCAGAAAUAUAUAAUCUUUUUGUUGAUAUAAAUUAUGAAGAAGGGAACUUGGAAACCACUCUUGAGCUUUGUGAUGAAGCAAUAGAGAAGUGCCUGGUGGAUGAAGCCAGGAAUGGAGACUGUAGUGUUUGUAUAUUUUUCAUAAGCCUUGUCCUGAACCAACAAAUAAUUCGAGUGGUUGCAGCAUUUUGGUGCGAACUGUUUAAAUUCCUGGCAAAGUUGGAAUUCAGGGUCAAGCCUGAUGAAGGUGAAUCUUGGACACAUCAAAUUAUAGAAGCUAAGGAAAACAAAUGCUUGCAAGUUGCAACUAAUUUUGUUGGUUUGUCAAGGAUUGAGACUAUUAAUGGUGUUAGUUUAUUUUUAUGGAGGAUUGCGCUCAAAAAGAUGCCCACGGUUUAUUCUCACAUUGGUUCAACUUCUACUGUUGAUAUGCUCGGCUUAAUGUUAUUCAUCUCAUCAAAAAAGCAUCCUUCUAAACUCACAACUCUUCUUGCUGUGGUGGCCGGCCGUCACCAUAAGCUUCAUCAAUCUUCCAUUAACAAUUCUUUCACCACCUGUAAUGCGUCACAGGUUCUUGGGGUUGGAAAGAUCCUGAGAAUUACGAUACCUUGUAUUAUAAUUGGUCUAAAAAGAUUACCUGGCUUCGCCGCUGGCCACACGAGUAGUCUUCUGAUUCUCAUAGAAGAAGCCAACUGCUCUUCCAAUUCCACGAGUACACCAUCUUGUUUCACAUUAAACACCUACCACCUUUUUCACACGCUAUUCCAACCUCCCCUUCCAUGCCUAUUUAACCCGUCUGCUUCCCUAAAAGCUUUUCACAGUACAGCCAUGGCUAGGACUGAGCUCAAGCUUCUAGGAGCAUGGCUUAGCCCAUAUGUUAUGAGGGCAAGAAUUGCCCUUAACAUCAAAUCUGUUGACUAUGAGUUUCUUCAGGAAACUCUUGGAUCAAAAAGCCAGCUCCUUCUUGAAUCUAAUCCUGUCCACAAGAAAAUCCCUGUUCUCAUUCACAAGGGCAAGCCUAUUUGUGAGUCUCUCAUCAUUGUAGAGUACAUUGAUGAGACUUGGUCUUCUGGUCCAUCUAUUCUUCCCUCUGAUCCAUAUGAUCGUGCUAUUGCAAAAUUUUGGGGCACCUAUGUCGAUGAGAAGUGGUUUCCAAAUUUGAGAAUCCUUUUAACUGCUGAAGGAGAGGCAAAAGAUCAUGUUAUAGGGACAAUAGUUGAUGGGCUUGACCUGCUGGAGGAUGCAUUUGUGAAGAUUAGCAAAGGGAAAACUUUCUUUGGAGAAGACCAAAUUGGGUACCUUGACAUAGCAUUUGGUUGCUACUUGGGGUGGUUAAGAGCCUUAGAGAAGAUAAGUGAAGUGAAGCUGCUAGAUGAAGCAAAAACUCCAGGUCUUGCAAAAUGGGCUGACACCUUCUCUUCUCAUCCUGCUGUGAAGGAUGUCAAGCCAGAAGUCGACAAGCUUGUUGAGUAUGGAAAGUCUCCUGAAGCCAAAUACAGAGCUGCAAAAGCCGCAUCCUCCUAAUUAAGUAACCAUAUCAUCCUUAUUCAGCUAGUGUGUAUGCCUUGUGUGUUGUUUUCUAAUGCUAUCAAGAAAUUAUCAUUAAAUCUUGAAAAAAAAGUUUAUAAGCUCAUAA